AUGUUUAUAGUCCUUGGAACCAAGUCACGCAAUUCAUUCAACAUCUCGCAACAUCAUCUCUGCUCUCUCUUCAUACUCUUUGACAUCUCACACACAACCGCAGCCAUGGCACCCAUCGGCAAGAUCUACUCCUACCCCGGCAACUACCGCGUCCACAUCGCCCAAGUCGCCGCCGACCUCAACAAUGUCGAGUUGGAGUUCCCUUCUUUCCAAAUGGGCGUCACAAACAAAGACCCCUCCUUCCUCUCCAAAUUCCCCCUCGGCAAAGUCCCCGCCUUCUCCUCCGCAGACGACACCUUCCACCUAACCGAAGGUCUCGCCAUCGCGCGCUACAUCGCCUCCUCCGGCCCCGCCUCUUCCCAGCUCCUCGGUGCUGACCCCAAGACCUCCGCCUUGAUCGAGCAAUGGGCUCUCUUUGGCGAGUCUGAGCUCUCCGGCGCUACCAUCCCCCCUCUCUUGAUGGUCUUGGCCAAAAUGAUCCCUUAUGACGAGGCAAGGUAUAACCAGUGCGCUGGCAACCUUGAGAGAGCCGUCAAGAGGCUUGAGGAGGCGGUCAAGGAUGGGCGAAAGUUCCUUGUUGGUGACCAGUUGACUUUGGCUGAUUUGGCUGUUUUGGGGCCCAUGACUCUCGCGAGCAAGUUCUUGUUUGACGGGGAGAUGAGAAAGCAGGCGCCUUCUGUGGAGGGGUACCUCAAGGGUUUGUUGGAGGUGCCCGAGGUGAAGAAGCACUUUGGGGAGGUGACUUUUGUUGAGAAGAGGGUUCAGGGUUAA